AUGCUCUUUCUCCAGACAGCUGUUGCUCUUUUUGCCGGCAUCAUCUCUCUUUUCCUGGCCUAUGACCCUCCCGAUUGCCGUUCUUCAUCUUGCGGAAAGGAACUCCAGAUUUCAACGCUUUUGAACCUCAAGAAAUCUAUUAUUGACAUCUUCCGCAGAGCAUAUGGCGCUCCACAGAUAUACAACCGCGACUCCGACCAUAUCCAGCCCGUCCCCGCUCACUCUUCCAUUCCUCCUCCCUGCGCAAGCACCGUCGCUGGCUAUUCCUACACUGCGCAGGUUGCGGCCGUCGCUAGGUCCGCCUCUGGACAAGCGCCAUCUCCGUUCGUUAGAGGUCUCAGUCCCGAGUCGGAGGAUAUUUUCAGCUCGGCGCAGGAUACUCGAAGAAUAAUCUGGAUGGAAAUACCUGUCCCGCGACUACCAUCUCAAGCCGAUGCCGCGCAGCAUGAGCGAGCCAAGCGGCCCCAACAGGAUUCACAGUGGCGAUGGAAGAAGCAGCAGCAGCCACCCCGCCAACACCAGGACCAAGAAGAAGACGAGCGGGGGCGUGCAUGGAGAGAAGAACGAAGGGAGCAGAAGUACUGGGAGUGGGCGACAUAUAACAACUUGCCCAAUGACAACGCCGGGCAAGAACUGCCCCCUCGGACUACACAAGACUCCCGGUCCACAAAGAUGACCACGACGACUGCACGAUUGCCUCGAGAGAACAACAGCACUGGCGACAGAGACGAUUACGACAUUACAAAGGCGACGACGACGAAGGGCCUGGAUGCGGACGGCAAGGCCUCUCGAAGCUCUCUCCUCGCUGCGAUCCUCGCAUGUAUGCCCCAUGGGCGAUUGGACGGCGCACGCUUGAUUCCGCUCUCUCCGCCAUUCACACUAGCUUUCGUGACCAUACGCGCUAUCACCCGAUGA